UACUACAAUGACAAUAACGUUACACGAGAUUUAACCGGAGUUURAUGAUAGUAACGGCGUUAUAAUUCAGUAUUCAAUUUUUUUUUGCGGCGCGGAAUUACAGUCCSCGUGUUCCGCAAUGAUUCCGUGAAGAUGAAAGCAGUCCGUCAGUAGUACUAGUGAAAAAUCAAAAUUUUCUAAACUUUUUAAGUUUUAUCGAGAAAAKAAUUGUGUUGAAAUUUAAGUAUGAACGAAAAAGAAUCGAUAUCUUUUGAUGUGGAUGAGUUAUCAAGGCACAGUUCAAUAGAGAGUAGUCAGUUUGAGAGUGGUGAGUUUGGCGAUAUUUGUGAUCUUCUUGAUGAUUUUGAAAAGAAACGAGACUUCAGUGAAGAAGACGCUCACACCAAAUCCAAGCCAGCACAAUCAAAAGAAACAGACUCCAGUUUAGCAGUCGUCUCUGAAGAUGAGAAAACUGAGAGCAAGACAGAAAGAGAACAAAUUAAAUCAAAAACAAUGAAGCAAGACCAUAAAGAAAUUGAGGAUGAGAACGAAGGACUGACCCAGAAUGAAGAACAAGAAACAACAGUCUCCGCUACAGGUGGACAUUUUCAAAGUGAGAGAAAAUUGCUAGACAAAGGUAAAAAACUAUUAAAUGACACCGCUGAACAAAAACUUAAAGAAGAACAAGAAGUAGAAGUAGAACAAGAAGAAGUAGCAGAAGAAGCAGUGAAAGAAGGUAUUUGCGAAAACACUUAUCAACCGACGUCGUUACACGAAAACAGAAAGGAAAACAGCAAAGGAAAUGACAUUUCACAUGAGAAAAAACGCGAAAGUAUCACAACGGAAGACAUUGGAGAAACAAUUUCACAAGAGAAACCACUACUAAAUCAAGGAAGAAAACAGAAUUCAGUACUUUCUGACGAUGAGAGCGAGUCAAAAUUGGCAGAAAGUGAUGCUUAUUCUGUAAACAGGUCUAGUAAUGAAGCAGUAGAGGAGACAAAAGUUGGUAACGAGAAAAUAAGAUUGGAAAAAUCGGUGAAAACACCGUCUGUAUUGAACGUUGCAUCUCACUUGAAUCCCAGAGAAAAUCAAGAUAAUACAAAAAUUAAAGAACAAGAAACUGCUUUUGAUUCUGAUAGCAGUUUAGAUUUAGACUUCGAUGAAAGUGAUAGCGAUGAACUUCUAAUGGACGCCAUGAAGACUGGUGCACUCAACAUAGAGACCUCAACACCAGURGAACAAGAACAAGAUUGUGGUUUGUCGACGGAUUGUCYCGAAAAGAAUWACAAAACAAAGGAAGUUAGCAAUGAAUCACGUGACGAUGGUUGCCAUGAGAAUAUUAUAAGCACCGCUGGUCAUGGUGACAGAGAUGUUACAACCAGUAGUGACGAGAAUGAGAGGGGGACUGGUCUUGAAAAUCAAUCUUCUUAUUUGAAAGACGACAAAGAAGCAGGAGAAAAUGGUGACGAGAAAGAUGGGAACCAGUUGGAGCUUGUGAAUUCUGUCUUAAGUCGUGAUAAUGUUACCAACAUUAGAAGUAGCGAUAGCAAAAUCGAAAAUGAUGAUGAUGUUGUUGGUGAUGAUGAUGACUACUCUUGUAAUAAUAAAGAACAACAACCCGACAAUGAUGAUGAACAUGGUAAAAAUGAUGACGAAGAUGACAAGGAAGAUGGUAAAAGAAAAGAAUUUGCUAUACAUGAUAAUGGUGAUGAUGAUGACUCUUGUAAUAAUAAAGAACAACAAGCCGACAAUGAUGAUAAAGAUGGUAAAAAUGAUGAUGAAGAUGACAAGGAAGUUGGUAAAAGAACAGAAUUUGUUGUACAUAAUGUUGUUAAUGAUAUGAAGGAUGAUGGUAGCUGCAAUGAUGAUAUUGGAGCUCAAAAUGACACAGUGGAAAUUGGAAUCGUUGCUUACCCUGAUCUUUCAAAUAAUGAUGAAAGUAAUCAUAAUAAAGAUGAUUACAACGCUGAAGGUCAUAGUAAUAAUGAUACUGAUGAUCACAAUGUCAAUGACAAUSAAGAUUAUCGCACUCGUGAAAGUGAAAUAGGUGAAGAUAUAAGCGGUGAUGAUGGCGAGGCGCAAGGUAUCUGUGUUAACGGAGAACCCACCAAUCAGCACAAGAACGACAGCGACGAUGAUGAUGAUGAUGUCUUUGAUGAAAGUAAUGCUGAACAAGAAGACGCAUCCAAUAAUACAAACAAUGAUGACAAUGAAAUCGCAGAAGAGUUAGAAGAUGAUGCUGAUGACGAUGCUAAUAAUAAUAAUCCUGCUGUUGAUGUUAAUACUGAGGAUGAUUCUGGUUGUGUGGAUGACCAUCUUUCUCUUGAUGUUGUCGAGGAUGACGCUCACAAUGGUAUCAUGAAUGAGAAUGGCAACGACAACGAGAAUGCAAUGAAUGGUGAAAAUCGCAAUGAACGUGUAAGUAUCAGAGACGGWAAUGACAAUGUUCAUGAUUCCAACAAUGCAAAUCCUGAAAUUAAUGAUAACAAUGAUGGAAACGAARCGUCUAUGAACAAUGGUAAUGAUGACACAGAUGACCUCAACAACAUUAAUGCUAUACAUGAUGGCGAUAGCAUUGAUCACGACAGAGAAGUUAAUGUUAUCAAUAACGGUUAUGUCGACACUAUCAGUGAUGCCAACAUCAGAUUCGUCGGCGUUACAGACAAUAGUGGUAAUCAAAAUGCCGAAGAAAGCGCAAGAAACAAGAUCGAUGAUCAGCAAGCUGAUGUUAAUAACAAAGACCAGUAUAAUGCUAUCAAUAAUGAUGUCCAGGAAAGUGGUUGCGAUUCCAGUCAUCAAGGCAUCAAUUGUAAUAAUGGUGUAAUAAUAGUUUCCAAAGCAAAUCCAGUAAGUGAUGUUGACGAUCGUACAACAGGUCAUGGACAUUGGAGUGAUGAAAUUGUAGCCAGAGCUACUGCCAAUGGCAACCAGUACACAAUUGAAGACAAAGACAUAAAUGGUGCAAAUCUAAGAGGUAAUGGCGACCAAAAGCAUAACAAUGAUAAAGACCGUUGUAAAACUCCUGAUGAUGGCAAAAAUCGCACGUAUGACGUCAAGGGUGACGUUACAAAUGACGACAAACAUAACGUCAAAAAUAAUGACUCCCUUGAGGUCUGCUCGAGUGAAAAUACAGGCAGUGAGCAUAAACGUGAACACAAUGGAAUAUUUAAGAAAAACGUUAUUUCAGGCUCUAAUUGCAAUGUUUACAAGAAAGAAAAUGGAACUUUUACGCUGACUCRGCAGAGAGAGAACUUGGACGAGGAUAUCUUAAAAGAAACAAGAAAAAGUGCAUUGAAUAGUUCAAGCUCUCAGCCUGUUGAAAGGAGACAACCGUUGUUGGAAGCAAAAAGAAGAAGAGAUUUUUUGGAUUUUGAUGAUACUAGCGAUGUUAAAGUCGACAGAAAUCGAAUCGCAUCAAGUAAAGAAAACACAGACACUGAGGAGAAACCAGACGUACAAGAAGUWAAAGACAGCGUCAACAACUUGUUGAAAAGAUUGUUGAAGAAAUCAAAAGAAAGAGAAAGCGAGAAAGAAGACAGCGAUACCGAUAAACGUUCCUUUGAACCGAGAAAACAUGAACAUGCUAGAAGACAAGAGAAUAGAAUACCCGAGGAAAGGACGUCUCGUCCUAGAAGAGGUCCAGUUCCGCUGCCAAGAAGAAAGGUAAGCUCGGAAAGUCUGCUGGAAAUCGAAAAUGGUCACCUCGAGACAGACAGAGAAAGAGUCGAAGUCAAAGAWAGUUACGAUACUCUGAAAGACUUCUUAACUGACGACGCGACUGAUUUCCAACCACUUCAUUGCUCAACUCCAAUCUCUCCGCGUUCUCCACGUAAAGAGGUGCUUGUUGUAUGUAGUGAAAAUAAUGAAGAAAAUACARAACAGAAASACGUAGAAAARGAAUYUGAUGAAGUCAACUUACCAGACGAUGCAAGSUUUGGGAAGGGCUUUUCUAAGGACUYGRACAAUCAAAAGGUCAUAGAUCGAGACGAUGUAUUGAGGAGCUUUCCCGAUAAAGGAACCAAUGAUGAAAAACCAAGUGAUUCAAAGAUCCAAGAUGAAUAUACUGAGAACAUCGAAGAGGAAUCAAUUUACGCAACAAGUGAUAACGAGUUUAUUGGUAAGCUAUCACGAUACAAGAAAUACACUAGCCGUCAACGAGAGACAAAUGCUGGCAAACAGCUAGUAGUAGGGCGCACACAAACAGCUUCCGAGCAGCAUACGAAGUACACCCGACUAGAUUACGACCAAAACCGGAAACACAACGAUUAUCUAAGGAAACGAUCAAGAUCAAAAACGACAGAUUUGCAGACUUURCUUCAUAAACAUAAAAAUCGCACGUCUGUUGCUGAUUGGAAUGACUUGCCUGGCUUACCAGACAUGCAUGAUGAAGGCCAGAUAUCAAGUGAAUAUUAUGGAAUACAUCAACGCAGCCUAGUAACUGGUAAACAAACACAAGGGGAAACAUCGACAUUUAACGAUGUCACUGAUUAUCAACAUUCUCUCGCUGAGCAGAAUGGUAAACAUUUUGCAAAAACCUCUUGCUACUACAGACAUAAUAAAAACCAUGAUGCCGACAUUGCASAAACUCUUUGUAGAAGCCCGAGUGUUGGCAGUGAAAAGAAUAAAGCCUGUAAAAGAAGCCCGAGUGAUGGCAGUGAAAAAAGUUAUAAAAUUUAUUCAGGAAACUUUGAUCAAGAUGGUUAUGAAGUACCGAUUGAUAAUUUCAUAAAUCUUGAACUCAAUGCAAGUGGUAGAUUUGAUGAGCAAAUUAUUAGUGAUCAUUCCGCCUCUAGUGAUGUGCUUAAUGAUGAUAUUAUGAUGGAUUUUCAAAGUGACGUGAACAUCAAGGGCACAAGAACUCCUAAAGUGGAUUGUUACACUUCUAMUGACGAUUACCAGUCAAACAUGAACACUAUAGGUUAURCAAWAUCGACAAARAAAGGAAUUCAUGAUCMGAAUGCAACGAGAACCGCAUGGCCAGAAAUGUCUAUKYAUUCAUAUGGCGAUGUACUCUUACUAGACCAUACCGAUUCAAAAGAACAAGUUGGUACAGUUCAAGUGAUACGCUUUCCUCUUACUUAUCAAGGACCWGGAAUCGUUCUGGAAAGUAAUCCAGAUAUCAUUGUGAAGAAAAUCAWAGUAGACAGCGAUGCUUACCGAGACGGUCGACUUGAGCCAGGUGAUAGACUGCUGUCAAUCAAUGGUUAUAACCUGAGCAUUGCUUCYCUCGAGCAAGCWAAGUCUGUAUUGCGUAAACUUCAAGAARAGUCUACUGAACGCUGKGCUACUAUACGAUUCUURCGCURUUCACGUGUUGAAUUAGACGAUCUUGAUUCCUCUAUUGAUAARAGUGUAACUUUACCAUCGUUUCUAAACGAAUCUGUCUCUCCCAUUGGUGGGCRMAGUCAUUGGGCAAAGCAGGGUGGGAAGGAGUUAAUCCCUCCUGAUCRAAACAAAUAUUUGAGCAGUUUGAGAAAGGAUUUAAAUCUUUGUUGCCAUGCACCCCCUUUGAUGACGUCCACACCAGUUUCACCCACCGUAUUGCCUACUGCAACWUGUCGAAACUGCAAAGUCUCUGGUCAUACAAACCAUGGCACUUCAAAUGGUCGCCAUCAUGAUGGCCUGCUGCUGAUUSCGCCCGAUUCCAAAGUCCAUCUCAGUAAACUUGAAUCAGCGUUAUCCUAUCUCGGCCUUAMUUUAUCRGAGCUACAGAAAUGUGCYUUGAGGAAUCAGCUUCGUGUUGACGCAGAAGGCUAUGUCAUUUAUGAUGAAUUUGCGCAACGCGCAAGACWGAUUUAUAAUUCUUCUUUUGGUGAAAGUCUGAGAUCUUYUUCCAAAAGCACCGCGUCUCCUCUUCCAGAUAUCAUUCCCAAUUCACAUAUCCACAACACCAUUUCACGUAAAAUGGACGACAUGCUUAUAGAGAAAGAUCRCAUCAAGCAUGAAAUCAUCACGAUUAAAUCCAGUAUCMACAAGCGUGCAAAUAAGCUUCACAGCGUUGAACRAGAGCUUGCUGAAGUUAGAAAAGAUCUUGAGAAAGUCAGGCAAAGACGYWCAGUACUUUKGAAGAAAAACGCAGAGUUAGACCGMGCAAARUUAAAAACAAAGUCAAARGUAAAUAACUACAAAUUUGAAAUUGCGUCCCUUGAACARGAACUUCAUCGACUCAAAGCGGCUCACGUCCCGGUAACGUCCCGUGCAGUGACAAAAUGCGAAGCAGUAGAAAAACAGAUUCAGGAUUUGGUUCUACGUUUGCGAAAUGCUGAGAAAAGUAACAAGAAUUUCCACGAAGUGACUCGAAAGUUGAUCUCGUUUGCAUACAAAGUUCAGCGCGUUACAGGCGACGAGAGUGGAAAGCGUGUUGGUUGGUCCAACUCUGCGUCGUCUUCAGACCACACUUACCAGGCUGUAGCUGAAGCUCGAUCACAGUCUGUACCUAAUCCCCCUAAAGGUAUCAGAAAGAUUGGAAAGAGGGAGCAGCUUCUAUCUAACGAAGCAAGGAAAAUCAUAGCAGCGGUGGAGGGACUCCUUACACACGAAGCCUUGCCGUAUGGAUGGGAGGAGGCUUACACCGAAAAAGGCGAACGUUUCUUCCUGAAUCAUGUGACAGGGACGACUACUUGGACUCAUCCUUUGGCGAAGAGGGAAAUAACGAGGCCAAGGCGAGAGCACUUGGGUAAAUAAAACUGCUUUCAUUUUUUUAAAGCCAACCUCUACGCGUCAAUUAGUGUACCAUUCACAAAUGAAAGCGUAAGUUAGGUUAGAGUGGUUUUCAUAAACCCGUGAAACAAAGUGUAAUAAUUAAAGUGUA